ACACGCGCAAUGGAGGAAGAAGACCAGAUAGAGCCAUUUUGUUACUUGGGCCGACGUGGCGGCCGGCGAGUAAAGAAUUUAUCUUCUCAAAAUGAAGAAUCAUAUAUAUUUGCCACUGGUGGCAUUAUUCUUCGCCUCGGUGAUCGCCGAGGCACCUUCUUCGACGAAUUCCUACCUAUCUGAUUCAGACAGAACUCGAUUGAAGAAAGUGAUUGAGCCCGGAUUCAAACUUGAGAGCGUAUCUGCGGUUCAUUAUGCCGUUUUGGGAUACACUUUGACCGGAGAUUCUAUUCCCCAAACAGCAGAAAUAUGCAAGUUUUUGCUUCAAUCAGUUGGGGACGGAAGUUCCUUGACUCCAGACACCGCUUACGAGAUCAUCACAACCUGGAAGACGCUAAAAACUUGCCAAGCACUUCCAGUUGCUUCCAUCACAAAGUCGUUGACUGCAGUUAUUGAAAAGGAGAGUUCUACGAUUCCUGAAUUGUAUUAUGCCGUCAAUUCUCUGAGAAGUCUCUCCCAAAAAUUAUCGGAUGCUGUCACUGCCAGAAUUGUGAAAACAAUUCAGGCCGCUUUGAAGAAAGAUGAUAGCUUGCCAAAUCUUGGCUAUUCUUUCCUCGUUGCCGCUGAUCUCGGAUCUGCAGGCGUGUUCGCCUUUGAAAGAAUUGAAGAUGCCAUUGUCCAAGCGGAUGAGGUCAAUGGUCGCUUUUUACAAUUUGAGGGAGGACUUUCUGUCACCAGUCUUCUCGUCAACGGAAUCUUCAAACUCUCUUCAUCGUUGAAGAAAAAACCACCCUUAACUGCCCAGCAAACUGUCAAAUUAACGAAUUAUCUUCUUUCUCGUCGCUCGGUGCAAAUUCCAAAAGGCGUCGUCUCCCUUCUCUCGUCUCUGGAAAUUCUCGCGACAAACGAAUUUGAAAAACCGAUUUGCAUCGCUCUUGCCGAAGGUGGAAAUAUCGUUUCAAUCCAGCAACCAUUAGUUCGCGUGAAAGUCUGCAAUAUUUUGGGAAAGCCACUUUCCCCAACUCCGAAUAUUGUUGCGAAUUCAGCAACUCGAGUCGAAAAUGACAUCGUUGUUAUUAGCAAGAAGAGCUUCCAACCUACUUCUGCGGAUAAGACUCUGUUUACGAUGAACUUCAUGGAAAUCAAACCAGACCGAGGAUUUUACAAAAUAUUGGUUUCCGCUGGAUCGGUUUCCAAUACAGUAACGAUCAAAGUCUUGUCUGAAGUUUCAGUAGAUUACUUGGAAGUUGGAACUGCAGAUGCUGAUCAAACGACCCAGCCGAAACUCGUCAAAGUAUCUUACCCAGAAAAGAUGAAGGACAAAGUCGAGGCUGAUUCACAGCAAAAACUCGUGAUGAGAUUUUUGCUGAAGGAUUCGAUAAGCAAAAAAGCCAUAAGAGUUCAUCAAGCUUUUGUCAGAUUGUCUUCCGUCGCUCAACCGGGCAACGGAAAGCGUACACACGAAAUUAUCUUUGUCGCUGAGCCUGAUUCUACCCACGUUUACAAAUUCGACAUGCCUGUAGGAUCUGCGGCGAAGAACUUUGGAUACCAGAGUGGAGAUUACAAGGUGGAAUUAAUCGUCGGUGAUGCUGUUUUGAGCAAUUCUUUCCAGUGGAAUGUGGCGACAGUCAGUUUGAAAUUCCCCGAGCCAACGGGUGUCGAAGCUGCUGAGAAAUCUUCAGCUUUCAAGGAUAAGACUGUCUACGAGCCAAAACCGGAGAUCAAGCACAUGUUCCGAGAGCCCGAGAAACGACCUCCAGCCCUAGUUUCAAAUCUUUUCACCGGACUUUGCCUAGCGCCUGUUCUUUUGUUACUUAUUCUCUGGGCAAAAUUGGGAGUCAAUGUUUCAAAUUUCCCAUUUUCUUUAAGCGCUGUCAUUUUCCACGUUGGUUUAGGAGGUAUUUUCGUACUCUUUGGAGUUUUCUGGCUGAAGCUCAACAUGUUUGUAACUCUGCGAUACCUCCUCGGUCUCGGAAUUGUGACAUUCCUUGCAGGCAGCAAAUUGCUCUCGCAAAUCGCUCAGACUCACAAGCAGUGUCGUUGAUUUUUUAAGAGAAAUGUAAACUAUUCGACGUUUUUUACAUUUCACAGAACGAGUUUGCGAUUUAAACUGCUCAGAAAAUUGCCGCUCGUUCCCCUCUUGUACAUAAAUAGGAUGAUAAUGAUAAUUUUUUAAUCAUAAUUACGAUUACAUCAGCACGAAUAAGAGUAGAAAAUAUUUACAUUGAAAAAAAGUCUGAUCUAGCCAUCACUGAGUUUAAAUACAUUUUUGCGAGAGUAUUUUCGUGAAAAAUAAAUAUAAUAUUGCUAUUGGCCGAUUUUUUUUUCGCAAUUUAUAGACUGCUUGAGAUCUCGUUUCGCUGUAUUUAUCAAUCGAAUAAUUUACUUGAAAUUUCAAUAUAGUUGUUGAUCCGGCGCGAUUUAUUAAAAUUUGGGGGUUUUUCCCCUCAUAAAAAUGGUUGACUUGAUCAAAAUUAUAUUAAAAUUUUAUGUGUUUCGAAAAUGUUUGCAAAUGCGUACGAGUGAUUGAAAUUUUUUUUUGUGUUUUGGGAUUUGGCGCGAAAUAUAAUAUUUGUAUUGCACCAUUUUUGUACUUUUUAGCCUGUGAGAAUAAUUCGGAACAUUCCUGCUACACGAGGUUACACUGAUGAAAAAAGUUAAGAGCUUUAUUGUUUUGUACCUGUACAGUUUUUGAAGUGCAUAAUACACAUUAUAAUCUAUUAUAAAAUUAAA